GAGUAUAUUAUUAGCGGGUGUUUUGUCGCGGUAUCCCGACAGUUUCUCAAAAUCGAUAGAAAUCUAUACCCGAUACUUAAACUACUGUGAUUAUCGAUUUCGAUCGAUUAAUUUGCUUAGUCCGUUGAUUAUUAUCGAUUGAAAUCGAGUAAUAUCGAUUUAUCAAUUAGGUUUCCAAUGAUCGAUUUCGAUCGAUGCGUUACGUCCCGUCUAAAGAAAAGUCACGUCGACGAGUUUACCCCGCAAAGUGCACGACUGCAAUGUCUUUUUUGUCUGAAACUUUAUUUUGUCUUCACUCUUUGCCGAAAAGUAACACCGAAUUAUCAUUAAAAAGCAGAUUUCAAAGAAAAGACCAAAGUCCUGAUGUGAUCAUCAGUUUUACGCUUAUACUUAGCCCGCAGAACAGGAUUUUCCGUGGUUUUUGGCAAAGUUCCAGUAACAUGCGCGUGAAAGGAGAAGCGAAAAAUAUUGCGUGUACGGCACACAGAGUUGCAUUGUGGUGUGAGCUGAGUGUUGCAAUGUUUGCGUUGAAAAGAUAUAUACAUUUGGCUGGACCUCUAUAAGAAAGAUAUUAAGAGGUCCCUGUAAGACUUUCUACGACAUUGUCAUCCAUAAUUGGACCAUAACCAAAGACGAAUAUAAAAGAAAAAAAUAUCUGCUGGAGUCUUUGUGUGAUCUCGUGAGCUGUCACCCUCUUCCCUGGCGUGAACAAACCAUGACAACCAUCAUGCCUGUCACACAUCACACAACAACGCGAUUUGAGACGUCACGUGACCGAUGUGGUCGCCCGACUUCACGAGAUUUGUUUGGGCUCAGAAAAUAAAGCGAACUGAGGGGAUAAUGGACGCGUAUAUCGGAUACCAUGAGCACAGCCGUCAGAGAUUUCAUACUGCAUGACAUAGAUAUCAGUUGAGAUCGUUCACAAGAGGCUCGGGAUAUGGGAGACAUGUCGACAGAAAGAUCGCCGAGAGGGAGACCAAGGAAAAUUUCCGAGAACGUUCGCGAACUGCACGCUGUACUGACAAGAGUACUCAACAACGAAGAUCGAACGUUUUUAAUUCAAUCACUAAACCAAUAUCAAAGAGAAAAGAAUGUCAACAAUCUUGUGGCAUCUCUCAAGUCAGUCCUCGAUACACCAAGAAAGAGAGAAGUAUACCCACUGUUACGGCAAAUUAUUCCCCAUCAUGACCAAGAAAUUUUCUGUAGACUUUGGGUGCACAGUUUCGAAGCCCGCCAACGUUCGAAGUCACCCGGUCGAUCGCCGGUGAGUCUACGCAGGAUUCCCACCUCAUCGAGUCUUCCGGACAAUCUUCAUAGGCACGCAUCGGAUUCAGGGAUAGAUCUUCCAAAUUUAACGCAAUACCCUUCUUCGCGGGACGUGAAGUAUCCCAUCAAGCGAAUAACCGUAAAGCGGCCUUCAAGCGCUGGAUUUGGCUUUUGCAUUCGCGGAGGAGCCGAACAUGGCGUUGGUUUGUAUGUGUCCUCCGUGGACGAGAACUCCGUUGCUGAAAGGGAAGGCCUUUUACCCGGAGAUCAUAUCUUUCAAGUUAAUGGGACCAAAUUUGACGGACUUACACACGCGCAAGCUGUCAAGCACUUCCCUCUGGAGUCGUCUGAGGAAUUCUAAAGAUGGAAUUAUUGGGUAUUGAAAAGAAUUCUACGGCUUCUGCUGAAGUUCGGGGGCGGUUUUUGUGUUUACCAGCACAAGGUGUAGUAUUUAUAAUCAACAUUUAGUCUUACACUUUGUGAAGUACUUAGCCGAUUCCCGCCACGCUGAUUUGAAAGAGCUUAUUCCUCUUGGUAAGCUAAAUGUAGGUCGCUGUUUAGGAUAUAUUCAGAUGAACUAACUGUACUUUCUUCACUUGUAGUUUGACAUGUUUUCGAAUGCGUUCUUUACACCAUUGUGCUUCAAUGACUUGUCUGUUUUCAUUGAGAUAGUGUUUGUUUUGCUGUUCGAGUUAAGUGAAAACCCACAAAAACGUGAUAUAACUUCACAAGUUUGUUGGGAUCUGUUUCUAUUUCUUUGUCACUCCCUAUGGCUUCCGUACGUGUUUGUGAUGUCAAUUAAUUGGCGUGCAUGAAAAUUAGUAACUUGAGAAUUUUUUAAUUCUUUGAUCGAAUGUUUUACGACAUAAGUAAAGCAUAGCAGACUGUUUCCCAUGGAUGCUACUGUAAUAUCGCAUGAGUUGCACAUUUUAACCUUGCCAACACAUACAUGUAUGUGUCAAAAUAUUUUAAAUUUGCCAAGACAAAUUAUGCCUGCAUGCUUUGAGAUACAUGUAAAAGAGUAUGAAAAAAUCAGACUAAAUUUCUGUUGUCUACAUAUAAAUUAUUAUUAAAAACUGGAUCAUUGGAUAAUGUAAUUUGAGAAUUUUCAUUGGCUGAGCCAUCACGGAUUAUGAGCCAUCAUUAUACCAUACUCUACAAAUAUGUAAGCAUAUGCAUGAUUUUUUGGGACGUUUUUAUCCUUAUUUUAGUUUAGUUUCUAUAUUUUGGGGGUGU